CGAGGCCGGCGCGCGAACAGCUAUGUGAGAUGACGGGGGUACGGCGGGGCGGCCACUAGCUGCAGUGACUCGUCACUCUAUUGGUCUCAGAUGGCGGCGCACUGACUCUGUAGUGGCUGAUGCGGCGGCGUGGCGGGCAGGCGGGCAGGCGGGCAGGCGGCGGCGACGGGAGCAGCGGCAGCUAUAUAUAUAUAUCUAGCAGCCGCGCGGUGUUUCGAAUCGCUGAUUGCUGCUCCUGCUGCUGCUGCUGCUCCUGCUGCUGCUGCUGCUGGCGAUUGUCUCGUCUGCGCCGUCGACGUGCUCGACGCCAGCGUAUAGCAUAUACUCGCGCGUGACUGCUGAUGACGGUCUGCGCUGCGGACGCUUCCGAGUCAAGCCAACGAGAUCGAGCAGAGUGUGAGUGUGAGUGCGAGUGC